UUUCCCAACUUAGUCAAACACAAACCAAAUCAAAAUGUCUCGCUUUUUCCAAAUCCUGUUCGUUGCCUGCCUGGCUGUCGCACUCUGCGCCGCUGAAGCGCCACGUUAUCGCAGUCGCAGUGGCCGAUUGCAACUCUCCAAGCAACGCAGCCGUUUCCUGGCACGUCAGGAGGCCGCCGAAGAAGCUGGUGUGACCCCAUACCCCUCCGCCAAGGAACUGAUCCCAGAGAUACCAUUCGAUGAAGCUGCCGCCGCUGCUGCACCAGAAGUACCCGUUGCGCCUGUAGAUGAUGUAAAUGUAUCCGUGAAUGUUGAUCUACCUGCUGAGCAGGAACCAGCUUUCGAACAAGAAGAGGUUGAUGAAGUAGCUGUCGCUGAUGAUGCCGAGGGCGAACACGAACCUGACCUAACCUAUGGGCCACCAGAGGCUGAGGAUAUGCCAGCAGUGAAUGAAAUCACACCCGUUGAGGAAAUCGAAGCAACCGUCGCUGAGGAAGAGGAACAAGCUGAAGCUGCUGAGGAGGAAAUUCAAUCUGGACGCUUGGUGUUCGGUCGUCGCAUUAACGCACGCAAAUCUGCUCGUCCAGCAAAGUUGCGGGCUCCAACUUCUACCCGUGGUCGCGUCACCUCAGCCAAAUCGGCCCGCAUUGUCAAAGCCAAGACAACGACCAAAGCUCGUCCCGCUCGUUUGCAACAGUUUGCACAACAACAACAAUACAUUGUUCCCCAACAGCCAAUGUUUUACUACACCGCCGGACAAUUGCAGCAGUGGUAA